UUGGCCCUCACUCAAUCAUAGUCAAAACCCCAGACUUCCCCGUGGAUGGUAGUCAAAACCCUAAACCUCCGAUUGCUAGUACAAUCCAGACCGGAAACCCUAAAUUGCCAAAUUCUAUAGAACCAGUGGCCAUGGAAGGCGCAAUGCUUGCUCGGCGGAACAACCGGAAGAGAAAGAGAGCGAAGAAACUGUCGGAAUCGACUGGUACGAUUGAAGAAUCAGAGCCUCAAAACCGUAAGGAGGACCAAGAAGAAGAAGACAAAGGGGAAGAUGAGAAGACGAAGAGAAUGAAGGUAGAGGAAACAGCGGGAAAAGAGGAAAACGAAGGCGUAGAAGCAGCGAAGGAGGAGAAGAAGACGAAGGUUAAGAGAGGUGGAGGGUCUGGGAUUAUGACCACAGAGUCUUUUGGAUCACUGAAUUUGUCUUCCAACACUUUUAAGGCCGUUCAAGAUAUGAAAUUUCAGCACAUGACUCAGAUUCAAGCCAGAACAAUCCCACCACUAUUGAUCGGAAAAGAUAUACUGGGAGCUGCAAGGACAGGAUCUGGGAAAACUCUUGCUUUUCUAGUACCAGCUGUGGAGUUGCUAUAUCACACAAAGUUUACUCCUCGUAAUGGAACUGCUGUUGUUGUCAUUUGCCCUACACGGGAACUUGCGAUUCAGACCCACGCUGUGGCAGAGCACGUCCUCAAGUAUCACUCACAGACUGUCGACUUGGUUAUUGGUGGUGCAAAUCGGAGAAGAGAAGCAGAAAGUCUUGUAAAAGGAGUAAAUCUAUUGGUUGCAACCCCUGGCCGACUUCUUGACCAUCUCCAGAAUACCAAGGGAUUUCUAUAUAAGAACUUGAAGUGCCUCGUCAUUGAUGAAGCUGACAGGAUUUUGGAAGAUAACUUUGAAGAAGAAAUGCGACAGAUUAUUAAACAACUACCCCAGGAAAGGCAGACAGCUUUAUUUUCAGCCACCCAAACGAAGAAGGUUGAAGAUCUUGCUAGAUUGUCACUGAAAGAUCCUAUUUUGAUUGAUGUGGAUGAAGGGAGGACUAAGGUCACUAAUGAAGGGCUAAAACAAGGCUAUGUUAUUGUGCCCAGCGAUAAGAGAUUUAUUCUCCUAUAUACUUUUCUGAAGACCACUCGUUCUAACAAAGUGAUGGUCUUCUUCUCUUCUUGUAACUCAGUUAAAUUCCACUCUGAACUUCUUAAAUACAUUAAUGUGGAGUGCUUUGAUAUCCAUGGAAAGCAAAAGCAACAGAAGAGGACAAAAACUUUCUUCGACUUCUGCAAAGCAGAGAAAGGAAUCUUACUUUGUACUGAUGUUGCUGCUCGUGGGCUGGAUAUUCCUGCCGUGGACUUGAUUGUGCAGUUUGAUCCUCCGGAUGAUCCCAAGGAAUAUAUCCACCGUGUUGGUCGAACAGCUCGAGGAGAAGGUGGAAAAGGAAAGGCAUUCCUUUUCCUCAUUCCUGAAGAGAUGCAGUUUAUUCGCUAUUUGAUGGAUGAAAAAGUCCCCGUUGAAGAACAUAAAUACAAGGAGAGUAUGCUGAAAAAUGUGCAGUCGCAACUGGUGGAGAUGGUUCAGCGCAACGAUUAUCUCCGCAAAUCAGCAAAAGAGGCAUAUAAAUCUUAUCUAUUAGCGUAUAAUUCACACUCUAUGAAGGACAUCUUUAACGUCCAACGACUUGAUAUGCAGGCGGUUGCAGCUUCAUUUUGCUUUCCGAGUCCCCCCAAGAUGAGUCUGAACUUAAACAGCAACGCUUCAAAGUUCAGGAAGAAGAUGGGCAAAGUAAGAGGAAGUCGAAACGGAUUCAGCAUGAGCAGUCCCUAUGGAAGGCAAAAAGGUGGAGAUGAAAUUCGACAAUUUGUAAGACAUUAGGAGGGUCUUGAGCAAAAAGAAAUAAUCCACAUUAACUUGUGUAUCUAAAACUAAACUGGAUGUGUUAUAAGGUUAGGCCAUCUCCAACCGAAAGGGC